AGGGGGGCAGCUGAUCUGCAGAGGAGAGGAGGGGGUCAUGCUCAGCUCCGAGAUGCAGCAACGAAGGCACAGAAAAUGGUGCAUGUGUGUUGAAUACAACAUCUGGGGAUCAAGGUGAAUCUCCAUGGAACCUCUUGGACAUGUGCAGCUGUACGACACAGAGUUUGUCCAGAAUGGCAGGGCGGUCACUGUCUUGUGGGCUUCCUGCACCCUCUUCCUAGCCAUCCUGGAGAUCACAGUGCUCCUGCAGCCUUCCUGGGUUUUAGGUGGGGAGAGUAGUGGGCAGUUUGGACUUUACCAGGUGUGCGAGGAGACAGACUGGGGCACCGAAUGCAGAGGACCACCGGCUGCUCUGGAGGCUCUCCCUCCUUUCCAGACUGCAGCCGGGUUCAUGGUUGGGGCUCUCCUGCUGGUUCUGUUCAGCCUGGCCUGUAUUGGACUGCUGCGGUUCUGUAACUCAGGGACAGUUUUCAAGUUGUGUGGUUGGCUUCAGAUCAGUGCAGCCUCAUGCCAAGCUUUGGGUUGCAUCCUCUUCCCAGAUGGAUGGGAUUCUGCCGCCGUCCGUCCAUUGUGUGGCUAUCGCUCAGACAGAUACGAGCUGGGGACCUGCUCCGUGCACUGGGCAUAUAUAUUGGCCAUACUGGGAAUAUUCGACUGUCUCGUUCUGUCUGUAUUGGGGUUCACCCUCGGGAAACGACAUGACGCCCUGAAUCCCAGUGAAGUCAAGUACCCCCAAAAAAGACUUCCCGUCAGAAACCCUGUGACCGCCAAUGACAGCAAGAAGCAGUUUUUUCCAUUGUGAUGAUGUUUUUGUUUUGUUUUUUAAAUGGCAGAACUCUUUU